CUCCUUCCUCCUCCAUCUUCUGCUCACUUUCUCUCUCUCCCGCUUUUUUUUUUUUUAAUUAAUUUUCCAUCUCUCCCCCAAACCAAACUCACAUAUCUCUCCUCCAAUUCUCAUCCAAUUAUUCUUCAAUUCCACGAAUCCUUUUCUUUCAUUUCUUAAGCCCGCUCUUUCUAUAGAUCCUCCCUUUCUUCAUAAAGUCGCCAAAAACCCUUGAUAAAUUUUCCAAUUUUCUUCCUUUGUACUCUUUUUUUUUCCUGCCGAUGCUGAAUUCCCAACCGCCAAACCCAUCGACAAGGCAGCUGCAGCAAAACACCAUGCAGAAUCCGUUGAAACGGCAACUUCCUUUCUCUUCUAUGAAGCCACCCUUCUCGGCUCCCGGUGACUACCACCGGUUCAGCUCUGAACCCCGCCGAGUUGCCGAUCAUGAAGUUGAGGCCAUCGUUGUUAAACCUCCUCCAACUAAGCGGAAGAGUGAUGCAGCAGAUCAUGAAGCUGAGUCCAGUGAGUGGAAUACCAGUGCUGGCGUCACAGAAGUAUUCAACAGUCCCCUCCAGACGCCUGUAUCUGGAAAAGGUGGAAAGGCACCCAAAACAUCUAGGCUUUCAAAGAGCAGUAAAUCUGGAGCCCAGAGUGCUGCUUCAAAUCUUGGUUCUCCUGGAAAUAAUCUUACUCCAACCGGUCCCUGUCGGUAUGACAGUUCCCUAGGUCUCUUGACAAAAAAGUUCAUCAAUUUGAUCAAACACGCUGAAGAUGGUAUUCUUGAUCUUAAUAGAGCUGCUGACACUUUGGAGGUGCAAAAGCGGCGGAUAUAUGACAUAACAAAUGUCCUAGAAGGAAUUGGUCUGAUAGAAAAGAAGCUCAAGAACAGAAUUCAGUGGAAGGGACUUGAUGUCUCAAGGCCAGGGGAAGCAGAUGAGAAUGUUGCUAGUUUGCAGGCAGAAGUUGAAAACCUUAACAUUGAGGAACACAGAUUAGAUGAACAAAUAAGAGUAGUGCAAGAAAGAUUAAGGGACCUCAGUGAAGAUGAAAAUAAUCAAAAGUGGCUUUUUGUCACUGAGGAAGACAUCAAGAGCUUACCCUGCUUCCAGAAUGAAACCUUGAUAGCAAUUAAAGCUCCACAUGGCACUACUUUGGAAGUCCCAGAUCCUGAUGAGCAGGCUGUUGACUAUCCUCAAAGGAGAUACCGGAUAGUCCUUAGAAGUACAAUGGGUCCCAUAGAUGUUUAUCUUGUCAGUCAAUUUGAAGAGAAAUUCGAGGAGAUUCAUGGUGUUGAGCCACCUGCAAGUUAUCCGUCAACUUCAGGCUUUAAUGAAAAUCUAGUAAAUACAAUGGUCCCAGGGGAAAGCAGGGGAAAGGAGAUUGAAAUUCAGGGACAAGAUGCUUAUAGAAUGUGCUCAGAUCUUAACACCUCACAGGACUUUGUGAGUGGGAUCAUGAAGAUUGUUCCCUCAGAUGUAGAUAGUGAUGCGGAUUACUGGCUUUUAUCAGAUGCUGGUGUUAGCAUAACAGACAUAUGGCGCACUGAACCUGGGGUUGAGUGGAAUGAAUUUGGUACACUUCAUGAUGACUAUCGCAUGGGAAAUGUCAGCACAGCUCGACCCCAAACUCCACCAUCCAAUCCAACAGAAGUGCCUUCUAAUGUUAAUAAUACUGCAGGAUGAAAUGAAAACAUCAAAUAUGCAGGGGCUUGUUUUUGGUUGCAUAGCAGUGAUGUCUGUAUAUCUGCAUCUCCCUUCAGCAUUGCAGCUGCUGUGGGGGUUGGAUUACUGGUUCGCAGAUUUGCAUCAUAAAUGUCCUUGAAGCCCUUCUGUGGAGCUAAAGAACAGGAAGUAGCUCUUGCAUUGUACAGCGCAAGUAAUAUAGCAAUCCAUGUAAUCCUGACAGAAAUAAGGUUACUAAUUUUUUUUGAGUUCAUCCUUUUAUAUUGCUCCAAUUUCGGUUUUGUUAUAUUCAGUAGCUUGGAAUGUGGUUAGGCAGUAAAACACAUGUAAGAUAUAAUUUGAUGGCAAAUAUUUAAUCAGACUAGAACUGGAAAUGAAUACAUUUAAGAUCUGAA